AUGAACAACACCACAGCUGUCAAUGAGACAUCGCCAUUGCCUAAAAACAUAACCUCUUUCUCUAUAAUGGCCUGGGGAGUCGCAUUUGGAACAUUAGCAGUCAUGGCCAUAUUUGGAAAUUCAACCGUCAUUCUAGCGUUCAUUCGAAACUUAUCAUUACAUACGCGCACAAACUUCAUUAUAGUUGGACUAGCAACCGCUGAUCUACUAGUGGGUUUAAUCGCAGUCCCACUGUAUAUGAGUAUGAUGCUCCUGUACCAGAGACAUCUUCACAUCCCUAUGGUGUUGAGCGUUAUUUAUCAUGUAGUGGAUGUAUUUGGAGGUUUUGCGUCUAUAUACCAUCUGAUGUCAAUAAGUCUGGAGUGUUUUUAUGCUAUCGCGUACCCAGUGAGUCACAGAAAUUCAUCUAAAGUGGGAGUUUUAGUGAUCUGCUGGGUAACUGCUGGUACACUAUCCUUCAUUCACUCCUUCAGAUACAGUAACUACAACAUCCAAAGGGCUUUCUUUAUUCUGUUCUGUGUUUCCUUUACUGUAGCAUUUUUUGCAAAGUGCUUCAUGUAUCUUGGAAUGUGGCAAAAAGCAAAAGAAAGAAAGCUUGUAAGAAUAGGAUCAAGGAAGACACUUAAGAGACAGCAUUAUGACGUCAAGAUUGCCCUGUCUCUUCUUAUUGUAAUAAUAGUUUUCGCUGUUACAUGGUUGCCAUUUUUUUGUAUAAACACUGUUUAUUUUUUUCAGUCAGAUCGAAAACGCAAGAAAAUAUCGUUUAAAGUGAUUCUAUUUACCAAACUGUUGCACUAUUGUAAUUCCGCCAUGAAUCCAAUCGUUUAUUCAUUCAAAAUUCCGGGAUUUAAAAAUAUCUUUAUAAGUCUAAUUAGGAAAGAUCUGUCGAGAUCCCCAAGGACCUCCUUCAGCUUUUAA